CCCCUCUCAGCUCUGUGUGGACUUUUCAUCGCCCUAUAGAAAGUAACAUAUUUUACAUUAUUUUAAGUUGAAGGAAUCCUGAUGAAGAGCAGGAAGGAAGCAGAGGAGAAACCAGGAGUUACUGUGAAUCAUUUCACUGAAGAUGCUCCAGCCACUGGGAGGUCCAAGAAUGGAUACGUGUUCCAAGAGAUGGAGCUGCAGGAUGGAGAACAGGAGGAUUCUGGGCAAAAUAACCACAUCUAUGACAAAGACAUCCAGAUCAGUGUCUUAGAUCCUGACAGUCCAGCAUUUGGACUUUUAAAUACAACAAGAAAACAUGUGAAGCUAAUGAACUUCCAGGAGGAAGUGCGUGCCCACAGAGACCUGGACAGCUUCCUGGCCCAGGCGAGCAUCCUUUUGGACGAGAAGGCUCAGAGUCUGGACGAGGUGCUGAGGCGGAUGUUGACUCAUGUGGUGGAGGACGGCCACGGGAGCUGUGACGUGGACAAGGUCAUGAACUCGCUGUUCACCGAUGCUGCCGGAAAGGAGUUUAAUGUUCACCUUCUGUCAGAGACCAUUCAGGGUGUGACUGCCACUUCCACGGGGGUUCGAUACCAGCAGUCCUGGCUUUGUAUUCUCUCCAAUGUGCGGAGCCUGCAGAGACGCCAUGUCUGUGUCGCCCGCCUGGAGAAGCCACAGAACUGGGGAGUAAACUGCUGCGAGGCUCGAUUCGUCAUCCUCAUCCUGGCGCCUCCCAGAACGAAAAGCACCAAGACGGCCGUUGAGCUGGGUCGAACGUUUGCCACGAUGUUCUCCGACAUUUCCUUCAGACAGAAGCUUCUGGAGGCAAAGACCCAGGAGGAGUUCAAACAGGAGUUGGUGUUCCAGCGGAAGCAGCUCUCCAUCGUCUCGGAGAAGCCGGACGUGGAGGAGGUGGAGGAUUCAGAUCCACGUAGGGGGAAAUCACUUCAGUUCAGAGAUUUCCUCAAAGCCGGUAAAGGUGUUUAUGGCGACCUCCGCCGCAGACUCCCUCUCUACCCCUCGGACUUCACAGACGGUUUAUAUGGGGAGGACCGCUCUCUGCUGAAAUACACCACCACUGCUAUUUUUCUCUACAUUGCCAUCCUGCUGCCGGCCAUCGCCUUCGGCUCACUGAAUGAUGAAAGCACAAGAGGAGAGAUAGAUGUUCAGAAGACCAUCAUCGGACAGAGCAUCGGAGGAAUCAUUUAUUCUCUGUUUGCCGGCUCGCCGCUCGUCAUCCCACUGACCACUGCACCACUGGCCAUCUUCAUAAGUGUCAUCAGGGGUAUCUGUGACGACUACAACCUCGACUUUGAUGCCUUCUACGCCUGCAUCGGUUUAUGGAACAGUUUGUUCCUCAUCCUCGGAGGCUUGUUCAAUGUCAGCUUACUGAUGAAGCUCUUCAAACGCUCAACAGAAGAAGUCAUCGCAUUGUUCAUCUCCAUAGCGUUCGUCGUGGAUGCGCUGAAGGGAACCGUCAAAAUUUUUGAGCACUUCUACCACGACCCCACACUGGCGACCACAAAUAGCACGCUGGUGCUUCAGCAGAUCACUGAGAUCCUAGAGAAGGCAAACAACCAGACGGGAAACAUGCUCGGACCUCACAACGACACUGGAGGACACUUGUUGGCCUUCCUGCCCCACACGUUGGUUUUAUGCUCCAGAGAAAGGCCCAUCCUCUGCCUGCUGCUCAUGUUGGGGACCCUGUGGCUGGGUUACGCCCUCUAUCUCAUCAAGAAGAGCCCAUAUCUGAACCCCACCGUCAGAGAGGUGGUGUCUGACUGUGCUCUGCCGACCUCCGUCUUGAUCUGCUCCUUUAUCGGCUCCUACCUCUUCCUCGACGUCCAGCUCCCUGUGUUCAGCGUCCAUGACGGCCCUAUCUUCAACUUCCCUCACUUUGAGAAGCUGAGCGGGCUGAACGCACUGAGCGCGGUCGGGCUGGGCUUCCUCCUCGCGCUGCUCAUCUUCAUCGACCAGAACAUCGUCAUCUCGCUCACUCAUGUACCAGAGCACAAGUUGCUAAAAGGCACAGCUUUCCACUGGGACCUGAUGCUGACUGGUUUCAUCAACAUCCUCAUGUCCUGCCUGGGGUUGCCAUGGAUGCACGCUGCCUUCCCACAUUCCUCCCUGCACGCCCGUCAGCUGGCCAAGGUGGAACAGCACGUAGAGAACGGACACGUCUACACAACUAUCGUCAGCGUGAAAGAAACGCGGAUUACGUCUCUGGUAGCCAACAUCCUGAUCGGCCUGUCUGCCUUCAUGCUGCCCAUCCCUCUGCAGUGGAUCCCAAAGCCCGUCCUCUACGGCCUCUUCCUCUACAUCGCCGCCACGUCCCUGGACGGGAACCAGAUGAUGGACCGCAUGUGCCUGAUGCUUAAAGAACAGACGUCGUAUCCCCCCACCCACUACAUCCGUCGGGUUCCCCAGAGGAAGGUCCACUUCUUCACAGGGCUGCAGAUGAUCCAGCUCCUCAUCCUCUGUGCGUUUGGGAUGUAUCCUCUGCCCUACAUGAAGAUGGUGUUCCCCCUCCUCAUGAUCCUGCUCGUCCCCAUCAGGACCAGUCUACUUCCCAAAAUGAUCGACGCCAAGUACCUGGACAUCAUGGACGCCCAGCACAUGUAGCACAUCACGAGAAGAACUCCAUGAUUGUGUUCAUAGCUGAUUUUAAAUGCAUUUGGACUGCAAGACUUCGAUGCUGGUGACUCCGAGGCCUUUCACACCUUGUCUCAUUUCCUGUGUCCUUGUUCAACACAGAUUCACCAUCAGUGUGGUCGACUUUUAUGUGACAUUCCUUCACCUUUAAAGCAGUGAACAGUCACAAAUGGCAGAUGUUGAGUUAAUGUCAGACAGACUUUUAUAUAUUUAAAAAGCAACAUUAAUCAUGUGAGUUAGUUUCAUGUUGUUUCAGAGAGAGAGCGUGUCUCUCACCUGAUGUUCUGAUGAGGUGAAUAAGGAUGUUACAAAAUCAGUAAUUUCACCGCUCAGAAAUUCAUUCAUGUAAAACAGUCUCUCUCAUUGGGAAAAUAACUGGUAUUUUUAUUUUGAGAGGAAGCAUGUAACGGUUUCUCUUUAUCACAGUGUCGGGAUUUAAUCAAACUGUUGUACAACAACAAAUAAAAGCCCUUUGUUGGAAUUUAA